UGCAGUUGGCCAGGUGUGACCCGCACGUGGCGCUCCGCCUUCUGACGCCUCGGCUUUGGGGUCCGUCCUGCGGAUGGUUGGGAUCCGAGCUGCUUCCCAGGGCUUUGGGGAGGAUGAAUCGAGGCUAUGCCUGCUGAGCUCUUUGCACGAGGGAGCCCCGGCGGCGGCAGGGCCUGGAAGGCAGGGUGCGCCUGUUGUCACCUGUGACUGUGGACAGCAUGAAGCCCCCUGAGGAGCCGGCCAGUGGCAAUGGGAUGCGUCGCUGCCGGGUCAGGGUCAGGGCCAGGGCGUCCUAUGUGGAUGAGUCUCUGUUUGGCAGCCCCGCGGGCACCAAGCUGCCCCCACCAGACUUUGACCCGCCCUGGGUGGAGGCGGACUGCCCAGCCAGAGCAGUGGUGGGCUCAGGAACAUCUAGGACCUCAGCGGCCAGGGGGAACUGUGAGACCACAGCGUCUGGGGGCGGCACCUCGACCCUCACACCAAAGAAGAAGAACAGAUACAGACUCAUCAGCCACACUCCGUCUUACUGCGACGAGUCGCUCUUUGGCCCCCGGCCUGAAGGCGGCAGCUGGCAGACCUCAGGGAGGACAAAGGGGAGCACAGCCAAGCUCCACGCACUCCUCUGGACGCCGCCGCCUACCCCCAGGGAGACCCCACUGCGAGCAAUGCAUCCCACUGCUGCUGCUGCCGCCCCAGGGGCAGAGCCCAGGGUGCUGGGAGAGCCCAGAAGGCGGUCCCCAGGCCCCGUGGGCUCCCCACACCUGCAGGGGCGGGCGCGCUCCCCUUCCGUCCCUUGCGUCAGUGGCCCCGACUCUGGUCACCCCAGGUCCUGUACCCCCGAUGCUCGUGAGCCUCGGAAUCCCAGGCUGUCCACAUCGGGGGUGACCUUCCGGAGCCCACUCGUGACGCCCAGGGCUCUCGCCGUCAGCAUUUCAGGGCCAUCGACUCCCCGACCAGGAGGCGUUACCCAGAAACCAAAGCCUCCGUGGAAAUGAGGGCCUUUUGUCAGCUUUGCCCGUGGGGGCUUGGCUGGGGCAGGGAUAGGCCAGGCAGCCCCCAGCCCGCCUUACCCCCUCCCCCUGGAGCCAACACAGUCGUGCCUCCCAGCUGCUCCCUGCUUCGUCCCAUGCUGUGUACUGGGGGGGCCUUUCCCCAGCUGUCAACCACACUUCAAAUCAGUGCCAAUGCAGGGGCCUCUGCCUCUCUGUCCCGUGAGAUUGGUCGUGCUGCCCAGCGUGUGUGGCCCGCGUGGGGUGUCCUUCCCCCUCCCUUCCAGCCAGGCCUCUGCUCAGGGUGGGUUGAGAGUCUGGAGGCACGGGCGCCUCUGUGGGUGGUGCGUGGGUGAACGCAUCUCAUGUUAAUAGUCUUGUAU